AUGAUGCACGACUCCUCUUUCAUGAGAUUAGUAGCCGUGGCAGCGAACCUCGCCUGGUGGCCGACUUGGCCAUCGUACUUCUCCAAGUGUAGCGGAAAGAAAGAAGAACCGACGUUUGCAUGUGCGAAACAAGCAUGCGAUAGCACUGGCGCAGGAAUGAUUAAUGCAGAAGAAUGGGUACAGAUGAUGAGGGGUAAUCUUUAA